UCAUAUGAUGGAAUGGCUACCAAGAGGAUUACCCAGCAUUCAUGCGCCAAUACCAAUUUGUGUGCCACCCAAAACGGCUUCCAAACGACCAGCCACAAGUCCAGCACCUGCCAUACCCUCACCACAUCAUUUGCAAUCUCCAUCGACAAAUACCAGUGCCGGAGGACCGGGUUCCAUCAAUGCGGCAGGCAAUAGUAAUACCACAACAAUUACACAACCACCGGGUUCGGUAAAUCCUGGUGGUGGCGGUGGAGGUCCUCCCGGCAUUAUAAAUCAUACCUUGGCGGCAGCGGCCAAUCAUUUGGGUGCCCAUUCGCCAUCGGCAUUGGUACAACAGCAGCAGGCUCAUCAACAGGCCGUGGCGGCGGCAGCGGCUGCUGUCCAGGUGCAACAACAAUUGGCCGGUGUUCCACCGGGAGCAUUAAAUCAAACAGCAGCCCAGGCCCGGGGGCCAUUUGCCUCGGCAUUGCGCAACCUGGCCAAACAGGCUGAUAUCAAGGAAGAAGAAGAGGUUUCAUCACGUGAUCGUCAGGAUCCACGUAAUGUUGGCAGCGGCGGCGGUGGUAGUAUUUCGACGGGCAGUGCUGGCCCCCCAACAAAUCCCUCGCUAACAUCGAACAACAAUUCUAUACAAAAUCGUGGUGGUGCGGAACGUAUCAACUCCUCGUCGGCCUCAUCGCUGACGCCCAAUUCCAAUAACAACGAUGAACGCUCCACGUCGGCAGCCAAGAAACGUUCAGCACCCUCACCACAGCCGGCAGAAAAGAUUGCCCGCCUCAAUUCCCAGCCACCCAGUUCGAGUUUACAACCGGAAUUGCUGGCACGUAGCGGUUUCCAACCCUACAGAUCCGAUGAACGGCUGAUACAUCCAGCUGGAGCUUUUCCUUUGGAUGCAUAUUCGCACUUUGCAGGUAUUCCCGGUAUGCCUCCAGGUGCCUUUCUAAAUCCUGCCAGUCUGCCUUAUAGCGAACAAAUGUAUUUGGAUCAACGUUUUCAAUUGUUGCGUGCCGCCGGCGCCCAUCCCGGUGCCCAUCCCCAUGCCGCCUUAUAUCCACCCUUGGCCUCGCCGUAUGCCUCCCAUUUGUAUUCUAUGAUACCGGGGGCAGCCCUUGGCCUUGGUCCAAGUUUACAUGAACGCAUUAAGCUGGAGGAAGAACACCGGGCCCGUGCCUUGGCCCGUGAAGAGGAACGAGAACGUGAAUUGCAGCGUGAAAAGGAACGAGAACUGCGUGAACAACGAGAACGUGAGCAGCGCGAAAAAGAACAACGAGAACGUGAACAACGCGAAAAGGAGCAAAGGGAAAAGGAACAAAAGGAGAAGGAGGCCCGUGAGCGGGAAAUGCGUGAAAAGGAACGAGAGGCCCGUGAACGAGAACGCCAACAGCAAUUGCUUUCCGCCUCGCAUCACUAUUCGAAUACCUUGUACAAUCCCUUGAGUCGUAACCUUUUGGGUUCCAUGAUACCCCACUUGAAUUUGGGUCUACGUGCCCCACCCGCUGGCCUCCAUGGCCUCUCGGGAAUAUCUCCGUAUCACGCAGCUGCCGCCAACCAAAGACAAAGUCCCCACGGCGCCAUGGGUAUACCGGGUCUAGGUUUGCCCGGCCUUACCUCAAUGCCACAUGCAAAUCUCCCCCACCACCUGCAACAGGCCGCAUUGGGACUUAGUCCCGGUUUGGGACAUCCUGGAUUCUCCGCCGCGGCAUUGGGGCUGGCCCACCAUAGCAUGAAUUUAACUCACCCGCACAUGUCUCCGCAUCACCCGGCCAUCACGUCCAGCCAUCAACUGCCACCCCAUUCCUCCACAUCAUCGGUGCUAACCUCAACCGCAGGUUCGGGAUCAGGCUCACCACACGGUAGCCUGGGGCUUGUUAGUUCCAGUGCUGCAAUGCCAAUGAGGGUAUCCGAAUCGAAUUGUGUUACCUCUCUGGCGCCCACACUACAAUCGACGGGCAGCAUUGCCCAACCCACCUCAUCUUUGUCCUCAGCCUCGGGUCAUAUGUCGGCUUCCAUGUAUUAUUCGCAUCAUCCUAGCCAUUUGGCGGCCAUGCAUGCAGCAGCGGCCGCUAGUUUGCCCACAAGCCAAUCACCGCAUUCUCUACCGCCCCUGCCUUUGGGUACGGCCGGUCUCAAUCCUUCGGCAUUUAGUGCCGCUUCCUUGGCUGCUGGCGGCAAAUUGACACCAUCCUCGGGGGCACCUGUAUCCUCAACGCAGUCGGCAAAUGGCAGCCAAAAAAGUGGCAUGCCACAACAAAGUCCCCACUCAAUGCGUCAUCAAAUUGCCAAUAUGGUCCCCUCGGCCAUGGAUAAGCCGAGUAAUCCGGGCAUAGCUGCCUCCACACAUGAACCUACCACGUUGGAUUUGACGGGAUCCAAUUCGAAUUCCAGUAAUCAUGCUCCAUCCACUGUUAGUAAUUCAGAAUCGAUAAGGGCUGGUCAGGGUGGCCAGAUGACGGCAGGGGAAGCUAAUGGCCUCAGUGAUGGUGCGGCGGGUAACAACAAUGACAACAAUGGGGGUUCUAAGGAGCAACAGCAAGAAGAUGGAGGAGCUAAUAAUAAAGCCGCAACACCCUCCACCACAGCGGGGAACCCAGCAACGGCAAAUGACCUGCAUUUAGGAGAUAAGAAAUCAUCAUCUUCAUCGCAAUCCCAAUCGCCAAGUACCACCACACCAACAAACAAGGAAACAGAUGAGUCGGCCUCCAAUAAUGAUAUGAUGAUGCGGCGUCAUAGUCCAGGUUCUGGGCAACAAGGUAAACCCCAACAACAACAACAACACCAACAACUGACAACGACACAAAUGGCAGGUCCACCACAACAAACAACUACAAAUUUGACAGAAAUCUCUUCCCAGCCAGCUUCUCCAAUGCCCCUGGAAAGUGGCAAAAAUUCGAAAUUAUCUUUAGCCCCACCACAAACUCCUCCCACGACUAAUGCUACACCAACAACAAUGACCAAUAAAUUAAGUGACCCACAAUUGUCACCAACCCCAAAGCCUGGUACUCCACACAAUAUAACGUCUGUGGCAACAUCCGCACCACCACCACCAACAUCUUCUUCUACUUCUUCUUCUUCCGGACGAAACCAACAAUCGCCCGAAGUUGUCUCAACAACUGGUGUUACCUCAACCACCAGCGGCACUACCUCACCACCCGUGGUGAGUAGCAGUACCAAUGUGGCUGGCUCUUCGCCACAGACAAAUUUCAUAGAUGAGGCUGGUGUGUCCAGUGCCACAUCGUCGUCAACACAAAACAGUAACAGCAACAACAAUACUAAUAAUAAUAAUUCCACCUCAGCGGUACAGGCUGAGGUGAGUAAGACGGAAACAAAACAUACCCCACUACAUAAUGCGUUAAGUGUUAGUUUUGCAGCAGCAGCUGCGGCCGCCGCCGCUGCAGCGGCAGCUGCCUCUUCAAAUAGUAUCAGUAAUAACACCGAUGAAGCGUCGUCGUCAGCAAACAAUCAACCAUCCUCAGCGGUAACACCAGCAACAGGACCAUCCGCUGCCGCAGCUGGAACAACAGCAUCAUCAUCGUCGUCGUCAGCCUUAUGA